AAAAGCUGGGCCAGAGACACGGCAGCUCUGAAAUUUAUAUUAUUAUUUUGUAAAUUAAUUUAAAACCCAGAAUGAGCCGCAACUACAAAGAAGAUCAGGCCAAUGAGGUCGAAGCGCUGGAUUCCAUAUAUUGUGGUGAAAUGGAAGUUCUACAAACAGAGCCUUUCCACAAAUUCCAAAUUCCUAUUGCCACAGAGGAGUACAAUGCCGAUGCGGUCGAAGAGAAUGAAAAGGGCUUAGCGUGCAAGCUUGUGUUUACGUAUACAGCAACAUAUCCAGAUGAAGCUCCGUUAGUGAAAAUUGAGGAAGCCGAAAACUUUGAAGACAAUUUCGAGGCGCGGCUGCUGGAACACUUACGCCAGACAAUUGACGAGAACAUCGGCAUGGAGAUGGUGUUCUCGUUGGUGAGCAGUGCACAGGAAUGGCUAAAUGUGCAGUGGGACGAGCACAAGAAGACUCAGGAGGAUGAACGGGUGCGCAAGGUUCAAGAGGUCGAAGAAGCGGAAAGAAAGAAAUUCGAAGGAACGCGCGUGUCAGUCGAGACAUUUAUGAAAUGGAAAUUAGACUUUGAAGAGAGCACGGGCAUUGCCGCAAAACGGGAGAAAAACAAUGAUUGCAAGAAGCUGACGGGCCGAGAGUUAUUCAUGUGCGACAACACAUUGAACGAUUCGGACAUCAAAUUCCUGUUGGAAGCCGGUGAGAACAUUGAGAAUGUUAAAAUCGAUGAAACAUUGUUUCAAGAUAUUGGCGAACUGGAUUUGGAUGACGACGACGAUGAGGAUUGGGUACCCGGAGCUGAUGACGACGAUGAUUAAGCAGUGCUGCGAUAUUACAAAUAAAACUCAUAUAAGGCAUACUUGUGUAUUGUAAAGAAAUGGCCUAACACAAUGGGUUCUCUAUAGUUUUACAAAUAAAAUGCUAGCGUGUUAUCAAUCUAA